AUGGUUUUUUCUAACGAAAAACGACCAUUAAAACGGUCCAGAUUAGGUCCACCUGACGUCUAUCCACAGGACCCAAAACAAAAAGAGGAUGAACUUACCGUCAACAAUGUUAAGUUGGGCUUUACAACAAUGCCACAACUCUCCGAUGAGUUUGGUACUGCUAGAAAUUGUAAUGUUACUCCAUCUAAAGUUGGAUCUUAUUUUAAUGCUAUUUUGUCAAAAAAAGAAGAAUUAAACACGCUUCCAGAUUCAGGAAGAAAAAGGCAGCAGAUAAAUACGAAAGAUAAUUUUUGGCCGGCUACAGCUAGAACGAAAAAUGCAAUCGAAAAUUGGUUUAAGGAUUUGGCAGGAAAUAAACCACUAUUAAAUUUAUCCAAAAAAGCUCCCAAUUUUAAUAAAAAAGAAGAAAUUUUUAUUCUUUUAUGUGAAUACAAUGUACCUUUAAUGAGAGCAGCCUGGUUUGUUAAAUUAAGUUCAGCAUAUACUGUGGCAGUUUCAGAGGCGAAAAUGAAAAAAAGGCAGCUUCCUGAUCCUACGCAAGAAUGGACUAGUACACUAAUUAAAUUUUUGAAAGAUCAAUUAAUAAAAUUACAAGAAUACUAUCAUCAAUCAUGGGGUCCUACUUUAACUGCUACAGAAGAACAAAAACUAGCACUUAAGCAGUGGCGUUAUUGCACAACUUUAGCAAAGUAUUUGUAUGAGGAAAAUUUAUUGGAAAGAAUCGAAUUUUUAAACUGGAUUUUAGAACUUCUCGAUAAACUCAAAUCAUCAAAUCACGAGGAUGGAAUGCUUAGAAUUCUUCUCCCUCUUUGCCUUCAAUAUUUAGACGAGUUUGUUCAAUCUGAAUUAUUAUCAAGGCGUCUGUCUCAUCUUUGUUGUAAAAAACUUGGUCAACUAGCACUCAGAGGUGGUUUGUUUCCCAAAGAAGAUUCAAGUAGCAAUUUAAAUAUUCAAUUAUCUUCCGGAGGCAAUCCUAUGUUAGGAGUAGUAAGUGCCAACAAUUCGGGCACUUUAAUGAACGGUUCCAGGAAUUGCAAUAAUACUAAUAUUUCAGUAAAUAGUAAUAGUAAUAAUAAUGACAGUAAUAUAAAUACUACAAACAGUGGUACUCUUCAGACAAGUGGAAAUUACAUGAUUGGCAACAGUAGCAAUAAUCAACAAAUGGUAUCUGCUAAUGUUGGUCAAUCAACUGGUAACAGUGUGAACAAUACGGUAACAGUAAUAACAACAGUGCAAGCAGCGCGAGCAAUAAUAACAACAAUAACAACAUCAAUAGCAAUAGCAACAACAAUAGCAGCAAUAGUAGCAACAACAACAAAUUCUCAAAUUCAAGUGUCGUCUUAUUUCAAUGAAUUAAUGCAAUGCUCUCAUCACAGAGAUGUCGUUAUAUAUUUGUCAACAAUAAUCCAAGUUAUAACGCUUGAAUGUCCUACAGCUCUUGUGUGGAAUUGUAUAGGAGAAGGGAGAUCAACUCAUCCGCUUAAUAACAGUCCAUUAGAUCAUUUACCUUGUCCUCCAAGCACACUUCCCAUGCCAGCAAGAGCAAGCAAUUCUUCAUUAAGGCAACAAAUUAAACAAGCAGAAGAAGCGAUAAAAGCUAGGAGUAGAGCGGCAGAAGUACGGUGGUCUUGUGAUAAGUGGCAACAAUCAACAGAUGGUCAAACUACUACCAAAGUAUUAAAUGCUUUAGAUUCUUUAGAUAGACAUUCCUUUGACAAGACUGAUUCCAACAAUAAUUUGGAUACUCUAUAUUCAAAAAUUUUUUCUAAUAUUUCAACAAAAGAAGGAGGGAAUCAAUCGGAUUCGAGAUCUGAUAGUGCUGUGAUUCAAGAGGAGCCAAUUGUUGAAAUUCUUUGCGAAUGGGCUGUGAGCAACGUGAGAUAUGGUGAACAUAGAGCGAUGGCUGUAGCUAUGCUUCUCGAAAAAAGACAAGCACAUUUGACUGGAGAAGGCGGAGAUUGCGACGACAAAGAUAGCAUCUCAUCUGGAAACGUUGUACAAAAUUCCCUUCCUAUUUUUCAAGGUCUUCUAAUGAAAUUUCUCGAUAAUGACGCACCCAUUUUAGAAGAGAAUGGAUCAAUUCAAAACAAAGUUAUGUUUACUAACCUGGUUCAUUUAUUUAGCGAAUUGAUUCGCCAUGAUGUUUUUUCUCACGAUGCUUAUAUGUGUACUCUGAUAUCAAGAGGAGAUCUUCCGACUAAUUCUCAAACUACGGGGGGAAAUUACAAUAACAAACCAGACACUCCCAAUGACGGUAGAGUUCCUCCGAAUUCCGUGGAUGAAGAAGCAUCAUUAUUUCCCAGAAUCGAUUUGAAACCACCUAAAAUGGAGGGUCACGAUUACGAUGAUAGUAAAAUUGACGAUGAUUUAGAUAAACUUUUACAACACAUUAAAGAAGAGCAGCAAAAUUCAAUGGACGCUCCAGAUUCACCGAAAGACGUUGGAAUAUCACACGGUGUUUUCUGCACGCAACCGUCAAGACAUCUUUUAUACACUACACAUUUUCCACUACCACAAGAUGAAGGUAGUAGUCACGAUUGUAAUCAGCGUCACGUCCUGUUGUACGGCGUGGGAAAAGUUCGAGAUGACGCUAGACAUUCUUUAAAAAAAAUGAGCAAAGAAAUUUGUAAACUUUUUAAUAAAAAAUUUAGCAUCGACGUGGUUGACGGUGGAAAAGUUAAAAAAUACUCCAGAAAUGAAUUUAAUUUCGAGUCGGUGACAAACAAGUUUCAAUCUUUUUCCUUUUUCGAUCAGCAUGUAAUUACUUGGCAGUGUAGUUUAAUCGUUUUAGAAAUGUUGGCUUCAUUUGCUGGAGGAAUUUCUAAUUAUCUACCUGUGCAAGAACAUAUCGCGUUUUUAUUCGAUUUGAUGGAACUGGCAUACAACAUUUACGGUUUGAUUCACGUGUGCAUUCAAAUUCUAAAAGAAUUACCAGAAGUCGAAAACCAGUUGGGUUUAAAGGGAUACAGUUUGGAUAGGUGUUACACUACCGGGUUGGCCUUGUAUAUCGUAGCCGUAUUGAGAAGAUAUCACUCUUGUUUACUCCUGUCCAGAGAACAAACGGUCAUGGUUUUUCAAGGAUUGUGUAACGUCGUCAAACACGUCACAAAUCCGGCUGAUUGUUCCUCAGCGGAGAGAUGUAUUUUAGUUCACCUGUACGAUUUAUAUUCGUCUUGCUCCAUAUUGAAAUGUAAACCUCAUUGCGUGGAAGCUUUCCAGAAUGCUUAUCCGAAAAUUAAACAAGCGUUGUAUUGCACGAUUCAACCCAGCCCCAGCAGUCACGUUUAUAAUUCAGGAUUCAUGGCGGAAAUUUUUACAAAUCCAAGACGAAAUGGUAAAAUCGAACCUCAGUGGGGCAGGCAACUUGCCGAAUCUGCGAGUAAUCGAUACAGUUUGGUUUGCAACGCAAUUUUAGCCGUCGUGAGCGAAAACGAUAAUGAUCGUUUAAACGACAUUGCUCUUACGUGUGCUGAAUUAACCGCAUGUUGCAAUUCUUUAUCUGCCGAAUGGUUGGGUGUUCUACAAGCUUUAUUUUCAUCAUCGAGUGAAUCUUGUUAUUUCAUUGACGUUUUACAACAGGUGGACGUGCAAGAUUUUUCAAUUCAUAAUUCGCUAGCCGUUUUUGUUUCUAUUCUCAUCGCUAGACAUUGUUUCAGUCUAGUAGAUUUUAUUCAAAUUGCAAUUCCGCCUAUUGUUCGCAGAGGAAAAGAUUUAGAAGACGAAGCGGGAGCACGAUUGACGUGUCAUUUAUUACUUAGAUUGUUUAAAACCGUCGAAUGCCCACAACCUGCUUUAUACUCUGGAGGAACGUCUCCGCAUCCUUUGGAAGUCUUUUGCAUGAAAUUAUCAUGCGACAGACACCUUUUGGCUGCUACUCAUAGUACAAUUCACGUAGGAGCAGUUUUGGCUGUGUUGAAAGCAAUAUUAGUCGUAGCUGAUCUCACAUCAAAACAUUCAAAACCAUUAAAAAAAGAGCCCACCAAUAAGAUAACGACUCCACUCGGAAGCGGAGAGCUCAGCAUCAGUCACAUACUUGGAACAAGCGAUAUACUGGGAGGAGGUCACGAUUUGUUAGGAUUGGGGAGUGCUUCUGCGUGUAGAUCAAAUGAAACGACUACGAGCCUCUCUGAUUUCGCACAACACGUUUUGAAACAAAUUUGUUCUCAAGAGUGGGUAUUGGAGCGCUGUCUGCAAAAUCCAGAAGAAUUAUGUCAACCGGAUAUGCUGCUCGACAACGAAUUGACGCCAAGACAAGCACAAAGAUUAUUGCAUAUGAUUUGCUAUCCUAAUUCAACAUUGGACAAUAAUUUAGAUCAAAGAACCAUGAUAUCGAGAAUUUUAGAAAGUUUGGAUUUGUGGACUUUGAGAAUUUCCUGGCUGGAUCUUCAAUUAAUGUACAAACAAUUUUCAAUCGGUUCGUCGGAACUUAAUCAUUGGUUGGACAUCGUUGCCAAAGCUGCCAUCGACGUUUUUCAAUUGAACUCGAACGAAAUUACGUUUGUAAAAGGAGAAAAAAUACCAACGAGCAAAAAAAAUAAAAAUGGUAAUAUUUGGCUAGUGGCUCCUCUCGUUUCAAAAUUGCCUAGCGCUGUGCAAGGACGUGUUUUGAGAGUUGCGGGACAAGUUUUGGAAAGUGGCAAUUGGUCUGGAAAAAGUCGGGAACGUGAUCGUUCAGCUCAAAGGAGCACAUCGUUACUCAGUCAUCAACCAUUUCUUUCUUUGGUGUUGACUUGCUUAAAAGGACAGGAUGAUCAGAGGGAGGGAUUGCUUACUUCUCUUCACAACCAACUGACUCAGUACAUACAAUUGAGCAAAGAUGAACGUUUGUCUAAUUACGAAGAUGGAAAAGGAAGGGCUUUGAUGCAAGAUUCUCUUCAACUCAGGUUUAGCCUCGUCGGUGGAAUGUUCGAUACAGUUCAAAGAAGUUCAUCUACCACAACGGAAUGGGCCAUUUUGCUCCUUCAACUCGUAACCUACGGCGUUAUUGAUUUAAAUAAUAAUUCCGAGCUGUUUACCUCGGUGGUCGACAUGUUGGCAACAUUAAUUCAUUCGACUUUAAUAUCCGAUUCGCAAUCGGACAAAUCCGACGAAAACAAAAAACAUUAUUUAAAUUUGAUGAAAAAAUUGAAAAAAGAAAUAGGAGAUAAAAUAUCCCCUUCGAUGAUGCAAGUUCGUCAAUUGCUACCGCUUAGUAAAAAACAAUUAGAAGUAGUUACCGUACAACCCGUCGGGUGUUUAACGGACACAAAAGGCAAUAAAAUUGCUGGAUUUGAUUCGAUCGAUAAAAAACAAGGACUCCAAGUAUAUGAAAAACAAAAAGUAUUACCCUGGGAAAUAUUAGAAGGUCAUAAAAAUCCAGCUCCUUUGUCCUGGGCAUGGUUCGGAGCCAUAAGAAUAGAAAGGAAACCUCUUUGGUAUCAGGAUGCGCAUAGACUCUUGAAGUUUCACACUCACAAUGUAACCAAACCAGCAUCCUAUUACUUAGAUCCACCUCCUCUUCCUCCUGAAGAUCUUGAACCUGUUCCUGAAAAACCGUGCUCUUGCGUUUAUUGUAAUCAAAUGAAAGAUGAUAAAGCGGACACUCCGUCAUCGGACACUUCACCUCGUGGCAAAAAAGGAGUAAAAAAGAAUUUAAAAAGAAGAGCUAAAAAUGAACCUAUGACACCUCAACCUACAAUGCAAGCUAACAUGCAGCCUCAGAUUCAGAUUCAGCAACAAAUGUCUUAUCCGAAUCAAAAUCCAAUGUUCACUGCACAACAGGGACAAUUAAUUAAUCAACAGCAGGGCGUCAAUCAACAAUGGGGAUACGGACAGCAACCCGCUCAGCAAAUGAUUCCACAGCAAAAUAUUCCAGGCGUUCAACAACAGGCUUAUUACCCGCAGCAAUUAAAUCAGCAAGUUGCCGCUCCGAGAUUUGAAAGACCGCUUAAUCAGCAAUCCAAACAAGCCAUCACAAACAUGUUAAGAAUGAGAAUUCCGGCUCAGCAAUUUAUGGGACAACAGCCAUUCGGGCAAACUCCUCAACCUCCAAUGCAACAAAGGCAACAGUUUAUCAGAAGGAGUUUGGAAGGGGUGCAACAACUUCGUUCUCAACAAGUUGGAAUGCAAAAUGCAGCCAUGUUCCCUCAGGGCAACAUGUACUCAAACAUGCAGCAAAGUUUGAAUCAAAAUUACGGCGGCUACGGAUCGCAACAGAUAAACACCCAACAAAUGAUCAAUCAACAGGGUGGAAUGUCCAACAUAAAUUUCUCUCAGCAUCAAGGUUUCCAACAGGGAGGAAAUGCUCCCGGAGGAGGUGGUACACUCAUGACGGGAGGGCCCAUGCAAAGAACUGAAUACAUGCAAACAAGCGGCCCAUGCAUUAACCAACAGAGAGGAAUAGGUCCGCAAAGAUCUUACCUUCAGGCCCCGAAUGUUACUAUGAAUACCAUGGGAGGGACUAUGACAGGCCCUGCACCUCCUUAUCCGAGGGCUCCUGGUCCUAAUGCCGGACCACAAAUGAAUCCCCAACAAGGACAACAAUUUCAGGUCAACUCUCAGAGAAUGAGACAACAAUUGAUAGCAAUGCAACAAGCUCAAGGAAAUAAUCCGAAUAAUCAAACGUUAGGAAAUCCCAACCAACAACCGACUCCGGCUCUCAUGGCACAACUUCAAAGACAAACUCAAAUGCCCGUUCAAAAUCCAUUUUUACUAAAAACGAAGAGUUGUCGUCUUUUCAACAAUAAUUGGAAUUGGAAAAGAAAAGCGUUAAAUCAGCGCCUUCUAUGGUUUUACAUAACCGCGCUACCUUGA